GUUGUGCAGAGGAGAUUUUGCGCGUUUAACCACUUCCUAGUUAAUUAAAACGUAAAAAAGUUAAAAUACGUUUCUAUAAAAGUGAACACGGUUGUCUUGUGAAAAUAGUUUUCUCUUAUAAUUGUUAUCAUUUUCGUGGACUCACCACUCUUUUUAAGUCGAAGAAUUACUGCACUUAUUGGAAUCUUUUUGGUGUAAGAAAUGCUUAAUGCCGGACCCGAGGGUUAAGCCGGUGUCGGCAAGUGAAUCAUCUGCGUCAGACGAAGCGUCAAAAUUGGAACUAUAUCUUCAGAGACAACUUGAAGAGGAUGUAGCAAGAAUUUUUGACGAAUCGAUUUAUUCUGAUCUAGAAGUGGCGUGUGGGAAACACCACAAAAUACUAACUCAUUCUUGCAUACUAAAAGCACGUACAAACAAAUUUUAUAGAAAGCUUGAAGCAUUUUUGCAUGUUAACAUCGAAAAAGAAGCUUUUGAUGAGAUAUAUUCGUUUAUAAGCGAUGCUUAUACCGAAUGCGAUAUCACAACCCAAGAAAAAGAGAUAUUAAUUUUUUUGAAAAAACACCUCUUUACAAAACGUAAUUUCAUUGAAUUAAACAAAACAAAGGAUGAAAUAGAUGAUAUUGAUGUAUUUCUAACUCCAAAUUGUGCAAGUCCGUACACAGAAAAAAAAGGUCAACAGAUAUCGUGCCUAAGCCCAAGUACCGAAAUAACAAAAGAAUAUUAUGCAUUAGUGCACAUUGAGGGAAAUUUAUUGGAACAAGAGCUAAUAGAACAAGAUGUUUUGUCUAAUGCAUUUCAGACUAUAAAAAAAUCACAAGAAUCAAAUAAAGUUACACAACGCAAUAAGCCAACUUCGUUGUCUCUGUUUUCUAGUCACUCUCCCAAGACCUUAAAACAUUCCAAUGAUUGUGAUAUAAAUAAUAAAUUACCGCAUGAUCCUGUUGUGUUGAACAAUUGUAAAUUUAUAAAAAAGACGGUCCGUAACGAAUCCUUCUCUGAAAGAAACUUAGAUCCAACAUAUUCUCCAGACAGUUUAAUCACAGACGAGCCUAGUUCGUCUUCAGACUACUUGUCUGCUGUGUAUACUUGUUCCCCUGCGUUGGGCUCUUCUGGAUGCUUGUCGCAAUUAAAUGCUGAAGACAAUAGCUUUAAAAUGGAAAACAUAUUUACGUCAUCUGAUUCGGGCUUGGAAAAUACUGGUUUGUUGGAAAGUCUCAACAGUCAUAAAGAUGUUACACUAACGGACAUAUCUUUGUCUGAUAGUACUGUACAUGACCGAACCGUAGAAGAAGGGUCCAGUCCAGAGGCCGACAUAAACCAGGUACAGAUGAUAAGAAUUCCUAUAGUUCGCACUACACCGUUAUCGAUUUGCACUACUUCACAAAGUAUAGAUUAUAUAGAACAGAAAAAUAGUUCAGAAAAAAAAUCAAAUGAGAAAGUUUGUGGUAAAUCCUCUAAGGAACAGAAACAGCGACAGAAUGAAGAAAUUGUAAUAUUAGAGUCAUCCUCGGUGUCUUCAGAAACUGGGUCCUGGGAAUCAGUUUUUCCACCAAAAGUAACAGAUAAGGAAGCUUGUGACAAGUUUAUACAAAAUGAACGUCAGAAUGUUAGUCAAAAUGUUGCCAUAGUAGAAAAAAAUAAGCAGGAUAAUUUAUCGGAUUCGGAAAACUUUGCACCCUUUUUAGUCAAAACGACACCUUGUUUUAUUGAUGCUGCAAGUUUGGUUGACGAAGAACACGUGUCAUUAAGCUUACACAGUCAAAUUCUGACAAAGAAGGCGAAAGCCAAAUCUAAAAAUAUACCUCUUCCAAGCCAGCCGUUACCUUGUUCUACAAUCAAGGGUCAUGAUAUUAGCCCAGGGGAUUGGUCCGAAAGUAAUGAUAAUGAAGAUUCAUUAGAACAAGCAGAUAAUAAAGAACCUGAUUCAAUACAAAAGGAUUUAUCGCCGACUAUUUUUGAAAUGACUCCUAUUACAGAAGAUUCUUUAAGUGCAAAUGAUAAUCAAGAAUAUAAAGAAAUUUUUGAAACAUGUAAAACUAGUAACAUUGCAUCCGCUCAACAGUCAACCAGUGCUGUUUAUAUGGGGACUACGCCACACAAUUCUAUUAUGUCUUUAAAAGGUUCUUCUUUAAAAAAUUAUGAUUCGGAAGAAAGUGAAAGUGAUACAAUAGUAAUGAGUAGGGAAAGUCUUAAAAAUUUUAGGUCUAACCGGUAUAAUGAAUCUUCACUUGCAUCAGAUUGUGUUUCUAUGGAAAACAUCAGUUCGCCUAAACUAGGGACCCAAAAUAGUAGUCCAUCAAUUCGGAAAAAAAUAGACAAUAUCUUCAUAACGACGGAGGGGAGCUUGAAUGAUAAUGAAAAGAAAAAUUCUUCAAAACCAUCAAAAUCUGCAUCAGCAUCUGCCUGGGUGGUUGAUAUGUCAUUAAGUCCUAAAGUAGCUGAAGACAGUAAAAACAAUUCCAGUCAAAAUGUUAAUAUAAAAAAACCUAGUGACCGAAUGUGUGCAACUUUAAAAAAUGAGUCAAAGGUCGGUAGUAAUGACAGCUGUAACAAAAGUAGAAGUUCUGUGGACUCUGAUAGCUCAGAAAAAUCGGGCCAUAAAUUCUACAUUGACUUAUCAACUUUACCUGAUCCCUUACCUCCAGAAACAACGAACAUUGAUAAAAACAGCGAGAAAGGGAACAUUUUUUCUAUGUACAUCGAUUUGGGUGAAAAAUCCACUCUAAAAGAAAUGCCAUCUCGACUAUCAUCUUCACUUAAUGCUAAAAAGCAAUCCAAUGAAAAAACCUCCACUUCAUUAAAACAUAUUCCAACUUCCAAAACUCCAAAAAAUUCAUAUAUUGAAAAACCUAUGCCAUGCAGUUCUAAGUCUCACGAACAGUCUGUAACUUUUGAAAGAUAUGAAUCGUUGUGUAAUGAUCCUAACAUCAGUAUUUCUGAUAUAAUAGCUAUUCCUGAGCCUACCUGUAAAAAAUCUAAUAAGAUAUAUGAAGUCGAAACUGAAAUAAAAAAUGACAGAACAACUCGACGUAAAAAUGAUAAGUCCUUUAAACCAGACUCGAGAGCAGUGAUACGUGAGGAGACGACAAAAUGUGAGGAUACUGAUCUAUUUGUUAGGUUAUCGGAUUUGGAUAAACCGAUGCAAAAUUCAGACGAUUUCGAAAGAGAAAUUUUGGAUUCAAGAAUGACAAGAUCUAUACCUGAUAAUAAUUGGUCAGAACAAAAUAAAGCAGGUACGUCAAGGUCAAGUGAGGUCAUAAGUUCAUUUCAUUCAGAGAAUGCAUUAAGCUUAAACAGGCUUUUUCCUCAUCUGAAGAAUGAAUUUAGCAAAAGUAUGCCCAUAUCACUUUCUGGACGAACACAAUCCCCCUCGAGGCAAGGGUCGAGUGUUUGUGAAGUAGAUGAGCAUAAUUCUGACGUGUCGGAACUCAGCAGUGUGCAAAGUAGUAUGUGUCGGUCUGUCAUUGAGAAUAGUACAACUGAAGAGACGAGUCAAACCUCCAGUUUAAUAGGCAAUUGUCAGUCUCGAUUAGGUCAAGACUUGUUGCGAAUGUUCCUAGAAGAAAUAGCGCCUGAUGUUAUAGUCGAAGUGUCAGGGAAACGUAUUAAGGCACACAAAUGUAUAUUAUCAUCAAGAUGUCAAUAUUUCGCCGGUAUUUUGAGUGGUGGGUGGGUAGAAAGUUCUGGAAAUGUUAUUGUUUUGCCGCCGUUUUCCUUCAACGUUGUACACUUUGCUCUGUGCCAUAUAUAUUCAGGCCUUUCGAAUAUUCCUGAUUCAAUAAGCAUUGUGGAACUGGCAACCAUCGCUGAUAUGCUAGGUCUUGAAGGUUUGAAAGAAGCCAUAAUGUUCACACUAAAGGCCAGAUAUUGUCAUCACUUUCACAGGCCGUGUCAAGUAUGCACAGCUGGUGUGUUGGAAUGCUUCCCCCUCUCAUCGGUUUAUGGAUUGGAUGAUUUGUAUCGUAAAUGCCUAAGGUGGAUAACGAAGUAUUUUACAAAAGUGUGGCCUACUAAAGCUUUUGCUACGUUGCCUAAAGAGCUAUUGGACAAAUGUUAUCAAGAGCACAUAAUUAAUUUGACGAUUGAUAAUCUUAUCGACACCGUCUAUGGAUGUGGCAUUACAGUUGCAUCACUUCAAAAUAGCAGAUGGGCAGAGAGUGUAGCGCGCAUGUGUCGACGUCUGGUGAAUGCUGCAGCGCAUUUCGCAGCACCAAGAUUAUUGGCAGUGCUUGAAAUUGUAUCCACAGCCCCAGACGCACAUCAAUCAGCUAAACAAGCCCUCGAUGACUGUCUGGCUGCCGCCAUCGAAUGGGCACCACCAGAUGAAACUUGUCGUGUAUACGCAUUCCUUUCACAUUUGGUUAAGGAAAUGAAAAAUCAAAAUUUCACCAAUAAAGAUUUUAUGAGUAAUGGCGGUCAAAACUCUAGUGUCCCGGAGCUUUCCAAUUUUCUAUUUAGUCAUGCGAGCUGCUGGCGCUUGCAAUGCGAAGGAGCACUCGUAAGGGCUGCGCCUCGAGUUGUGGGCACUCAGGCUUUCAAGGAUUUACCUACAGAUCUACGCCGGCGGCUGCGAGAACUUGGCUGUAUCAUGUAUGGUCCACAAGCUAUUCCUUUGACAAACUCUCCUCUACAAGACAGAAAGAGCAAGAGUACCUAUCAAAGUAAACCGCCGAAGACCAUUAAUUCUGCUACUACUCGCAGUUUAGAUAUGGAGAAAGUCCGAAACUCUUUCGUUCCUUAUAAGCCGAAGCCAAUUGUGAUGGGAUCGAAAGAUAAAUUGAUGAGCAGCGCUGAGAUUCGAGACAUCAAGAAGAUCGCUUAUAAAGCAAACAUGCCCAAAGUCAGAACGACUAAAGCGCAAGAAGAACGUGCGAAAUUUAACCAAUCUAAAACGUUGACAUCUCAAGAUCGUUCCAUCAACAAUAAACCAGGAUCAACCCGGAUGUUUGAAAAUACAAAACCAAGAUAUUUGGAACCGCGUUUAGCCAAAGAAAAGGAGAAAAAAAUGCCAGCAAGAAAGCUUGUUAAUAAAAUGGUUUCAUCUAGUGAGUCUUCUCGAAAUUCAAGUCCAAUACAAUCUCGAAACGUAAGGGCCAGUCGUAUAACCAGUAACCAAGUAUAUGAACACAAGACGCACACUAUGUCCCAAGACAGCCUCGCCACUUCAUCACGGCCACGUACAGCGGAACCAUCGACUGAUUCGCUGAGCGGAUCUCAGAACAGUAACAAAUAUGCUACAUACACAAAAACGAAACAUACUAGCAAGGGCUCGGUUGAAUCUGUGAUUCCAAAAUCUCAGGGUCAUUCGACAGCAUCUUUGCUACAUUCAAAAAUCAAGACGAAGAUUCCCGUAUAUUAUAAUCAAAACUCCGUGUCCUGCAAUGGGAACAAUAAAUCAAAUGUCAGCGCUAAAUCCUGGCAGGUAAGCAACGCUCUUGUAUCGGCUAAGAGUAAGAACAAAACCUGCGAGCGAAAGGUGUCCGGGUCUUUGAUGAAUGCCACAAAAUCAAGUUCAGCAAAAAUCGUUCCAAAGGUAACUAAAGAAUCACAAUCCUCGUUGACUAAAUCAUCCAAGCAGCAAAAACAUGCUACAAAACAAGCGUGCAACAGUAUGCAGAGGCGGGAGGAUUUCGAUCGGGAACAAAACAUUCCUGCUAUGGAACGUUCGGGAACGUUCUUAAAGGAUGAGCCAAUGUUCAGCGAUAAAAGCGCUGACAUGGAUAAGGGCCAGUAAUAUAGUAAAAAUAUAUUUUCUAAUAACUGUAAGACGGUACUGUAAUAAAUAACCUUACCUUACUCAGUUCACCUCAAAUGAAUUCUAGGAAGUUUUUGUAGGAUAUGUUAUUUAAUAAGUUCUUAAUUUACCCCUUUUUUAAUGUAUAUCAUAUUUUCGUCAAAAUAUUAAUAUACUUUAAAAUUGGAUUUUAUUCUAUUUACAUACUUAUAAUUUCCAAAGGUUGUAUACAAAAAAAAUAAUUAUAAAGUUGUAAAAGCUUAGGAAUAUCCCAACUUAUCAAAAGGUUUGUUUAAAUGAACAUGAAGUUGGAAGUGGAAAAGUUAUAGAUGUUGACGAACACAUCGUAGUUAUAGAGCCUACGAAGGCAAUGCACGUAUCACAAAUUUACCCCGAAUUUUAAAUCUGGAUGUUUUAACUGGUAUAACCAUAAUAUAUGUCGAUGCAUAAUAAUAUCUUAAGAUUCAUCAGUGUCAGCAGUAGCAUUUAUUCUAUAACAAUUAAAUGUCGUAGAUUAAAAUUUUAUCCCAUAUGUUUGUGUGCGUCUAGAGUGACGGCGCAACGUGCAACUUAGAAAUACUCGAAAUGUAUGAACCUGCCGAACUUACUGUCCGUGUCUGAGGUGCUGUUUAAAGUCAGGAUAACAAGAAUCGGCUUUAAUCUGAACGCCGUUUGGACGCUUAUUGCGUCAUCGGUUUUCACAGAUUUGUGACCAUUCUGAUCAUAGCCAGUCGAUCUGUCUCUCGCCAACGUUUCAGAAAUUUGAUGUUAGUGUUAUAAAUGUUACUUGCAAUUAAACAUACAAGUAUUCGUUGUGAAGUAGCGGAAAUAGUUAUAAAUGUAUUUAUUUCAAAACAGUAGUAUAAACAAGAUAACUUUUAGCGAAUAAACAGUUCCAGUUUGGAUUUCACUUUUGAAGGGCAAACAAUUAUGAAACCAUUUUUGUUCUCUAUCUAUGAGCAGUCAAAUAUAAAUAUUUUUUUGAAGUAUAUGUAAUUUAUAAGUAUAAUCACCUGAGAUUGUUAUUCUUUACCACGUGCCAACUUUCUUAUAAACAUUAAGAUGACAAAAGUAUGUCCAUCAGCGAGUCAAUGUGAAUUCACUUGUGAAAUCUAUUAUUGGAACUUGAAUCACGCUCAAUAUAUUAGAUUUAAAUUGCGCCCAUGUAUUGUGGUGCUGAUUACUUUAAUCCAAAAAGUAGAAUUUCAUUCUUAAAGUAUACUCCUGUCUUCGUUCUAAGCAAUCUCUUACGUUGUUACUUAACAAGGAACACAGGUACUUAUCCAAUGUCUUAUUAGAUCAUCUUGUCCUAUAUUUUAUUUUCAAAAGAAGAUUUGUACGAAUAUAAGUGUUGUGACAUAUUUAAAUAUUAAGUAUAUCGAUAUUAAUUAUUUAAUUGCUUUCGUAGCGAAAUUUAUGUUUACUAGUCUUUUAUUUAAUUUUUACUUGUUAAUAAAUAUAGCCGUUUGUGUAGGAGGUAGAGUUCACGUCGAAUUUUGUCCCCUUAGUAAAAUUCCAUGUAGUAUUUAAUAUAUGUGUAUAAAAAGUAAUCAUAAUUGUCCGCGUUUUAUUAACUCAUUCAUUCAUUAUAAGCUAUAAAUUAUAGUCUACUAUAUACUUAGUGUUAAAUGUUAAUAGUUGGUUUCAAUUUAAUUUACAAAAUAUAUUCUUGUACAGAGUAGUCUAUUCUUAUUUGAAUGUAUAUAUAUAACUAUAUGUGUAUGUAUUAUAUUAUUAUUUUCAAAUAUUCUAAUAAUAAUAAUAUCGUUAUUUGGGUUGCAACGAUUCUUGAAAUGCUUAGGUGCAAACGACAUGCAGAUCCUUUGCGGCAGAUGAUGGCAAAACUAUAAGUUUGUGUCACUCUUUUCGUUCAACGAAUUCUAUGUAAUGUAAUGUAUUUCUCAAGCGUCAAUUUCUUUUACUAUUUAGGACACAAGUAUCACCGUCUUACAGACAAGGACUUUGCUUUAUUCAAUAUUGACAUUUCGUUUGAUUUCUCAGAUACAUGACAGAAAUCAAAUGAAGUGAUUCCAUUGCUUGUCACCCAGUUGUUUUAACGUCUACCUCUUCAUAUGCUGUUAUGUUCCAUCUCUAUAAUAGAUGAUUGAAUUUUAUCAGCUGCGUUUUUCGUCGAACUAACACUAAUCUUCUAUCACUUUUAUCUACAGUAGCUUAUAAUUGACUUUGUACUUAACACGCUAAUGAUACACUGUUAUACUCGCCCUCGUCAUAACAAUAAAUUGUCGACUCUGAGAAAGGAUAUCUUAUUUCGAGGGUAGUAGCAGGUAUGUAUUUAAUCUUUAAUUCUAAUACUGUUCUUCCAGAAGUACAGCAAGGCCAUACAAAAUUGUUCUUGAUUUAUAUUCGGUAACGUUACGAUGAUUUUGUGUUGAUUACUUUUCCUAUUUUAAUGUAAAGGUUAAAGGCGAGACUCCAUUAUUUUAUUUGUUUGAAGAUCCAGACAGGAGGGGUUGGUUGACAAAUUGGAUAGUUCUCAGACUGAAGUAGGUACUUAAGAGUAGCCUGGACGUAGCGCUCGACUUAUGUUCUCGAUUCUUUUAGUGAUUGUAUUAAACUUUUAACUCUAUAUGUAAUUUAACGAAGGAAUCUCCUCAGUAUUGAAUGAAUAUGAUAUGUAAUAUACAUUUCUAACGGCUUUUUUAUCAACAAGUGUUUGUACCCUUUCGUCUAAAGAUAAAGUAUAUAUUAUACAAUUCUAUUGUAUAAAUAAAAUAGUGAGUUACUUAUAAUAUCUAUACGUGUACACGUACCCUUAAUAACUGGGGAUAAUCCUAUGAAUGAUCUCAAUGAUGCUCUCAGUAUUCAAUAUUUACAUUUCGGGUUUGCAUCAGCCAUUGUUAAUGAUAAACGUAAGCCAUGAUAAUUUUUAUAUUUUGCUAUGUUAAUUACGUAUAAUAUGUUAAAUUAGAAUUUAUAUACUCAACUGUAUUUGAAUUUUCAAAAAUGAAAGUAUUAAAUUAACAAAAAUGAAAGCUUCUGUUAAUUUAUUGCUUUAAAUAAAUGUAAUUAAUUGAUUAUUUUAGUAGUAGGUUUUCAUCGCGCUUAUAGAAAUAAGAUUAUUAUAGGAUUCGACCAGGCUACUGAUACGUCCAUUUAUUUUGUAAUACCUGUACAAAUUUACAUAUAAAUCCUUCCUAUGUAUUUUUAUCGAGAUUUGGAUAAAUAACGUAACAUGGAAACAGGCCUGCGAGUAUUACAUAUUAUACUUGGUACGCUCAUUCCAGAUAUGUUGUUAUUUUUUAAGAUAUUUUUUUUUAAUAAUAUGUGGGAACAUGUCUUAAUUGACAUUACAAUCAUAAUUAAAAACUAUAUGGCACUAAACUAAUAUCUCAAACGAUAAAUCAAUCUCUUAAUUUAUAUAAUCACAUUAAAUGAAUUAAAUACAUUUCUUAUGCCAAUUUUGGAUACAUUUUAAAAAUUUGUUAAAUUUUUUAUAGCACAGUAUUUUAUGGAAAACCGUACCUAUGUCAUUUUUGUUUAUGAACUAGGACCUGCUUUGUCUCGAAAAAUAGUUAGAAAGUUUUAGUCCCACCGAUUAUUAUGGUGUUUUAUUUAUUGUAUAUGGUUUUUAAUCUUUAAGAUAUAAGUUAUUAUUUUUUUUUGGAGAAAUAAGACGACUUAUGUCAUCUUACAUAUCAUAAUAAUUGUAUUAUUAUUUUAAAUAAUGUAUACUUAACAAAAAUAAUAUUUAUGUAACAUAAAAGUCCAUAAUCCUUUUAUCUAUACUUUAUGUUCAUUACUUAUGAUUUAAUUUAUUGCGUUUUUUUACGAUAUAUCUCUUUUGUUUCUUAAGUUUUGUUUUU